AUGCUCGCUAACCUGCACGUCACAUGUAUCCGUCUGCAACUCAUCGCCAGACCGAAGCACACACAUGCCGCGAUUCUCUCCGACAUCACGGUCACUCCCUAUUCUCCGACCACCCCCCUUCUUAGCUUCCUCGCCCGCCACGCACAGCGACGUCUCUCAGAGCGAACUCACCGCCUCAGCAUCCUUAAGCCGCAGCUCCCCACUCCAUCACCCGACCCCUUCCACUCCCCCACCGCUGCGACCGUUCCCAUCACCCAACCUCGCCUCUCCGCCACCUCCCACCCUAGCACCCACACCUCCCACUGUCAUCUCAACAAGAGAACCUCUGCCUCACAUCUCCCACACCCUACUCCACUCGCAUCGGCGCACUUUCCAACUCGACACCUCUACUUCGGCAUCCUUCCGCCCCGCGCCCCGCCGCCGCACCCUGCUCAGCCCUCUCACGACUGCAACUCCUCCUCUCUCACCCCUUCCUUCUUCCACAAUACGCCCCUACCGCUUCUCAUCCCUCCAUUCUCCGCCCCCCCCUCGCUUCAUCUCAGGCAAAGCUCUCACCACAACGCCCACAUCGUCUCUUGA